CCGCGCUCCUCCCCCUGCCGGUCCCGGCGAGAGAGGCCUGCGCUGAGGCCGUGCUGUACCGCGCCGGCCGGCCGGCGGUAGCGGCAGGGAGGCAGCGGCGGGCCGGGGCCCGGCCCGGGGCGCUAGUCAGGAUGCCGGGCGGGCGGGUGUGCGCCGCUUGCGGCUGCUCGGAGAUCGAGGUGGACGCGGCGCGCGGGGACGCGGUGUGCACGGGCUGCGGCUCGGUGCUGGAGGACAACAUCAUCGUCUCCGAGGUGCAGUUCGUGGAGAACAGCGGCGGCGGCUCCUCCGCCGUGGGGCAGUUUGUGUCGCUGGAUGGUGCAGGCAAAACACCAACUUUAGGAGGAGGAUUCCAUGCCAACCUGGGAAAGGAGUCACGAGCGCAAACUCUACAGAAUGGGAAACGUCAGAUUCACCACUUGGGAAACCAGCUUCAACUCAAUCAACAUUGUCUGGAUACUGCCUUUAAUUUUUUCAAGAUGGCUGUGAGCAAACACCUCACCCGGGGGAGAAAGAUGACCCACGUAAUUGCUGCAUGCCUCUACCUGGUGUGUAGGACAGAAGGAACUCCUCACAUGUUACUUGAUCUCAGUGACCUUCUUCAGGUGAAUGUCUAUGUGCUGGGAAAAACUUUCCUUCUGUUGGCCAGAGAACUCUGCAUAAAUGCUCCAGCCAUAGAUCCAUGUUUAUAUAUUCCUCGUUUUGCACACAUGCUUGAGUUUGGGGAUAAGAACCACGAGGUGUCCAUGACGGCUCUCAGGCUGUUGCAGAGAAUGAAGCGGGACUGGAUGCACACCGGCCGCCGGCCGUCUGGGCUCUGCGGAGCAGCUCUGCUAGUGGCAGCAAGAAUGCAUGAUUUCCGACGUACUGUUAAAGAGGUCAUCAGGGUGGUCAAGGUUUGUGAGUCUACAUUAAGGAAAAGGUUGACAGAGUUCGAAGAUACACCAACAAGUCAGCUAACCAUAGAUGAGUUCAUGAAGAUUGACUUGGAAGAAGAAUGUGAUCCUCCUUCGUUUACAGCUGGUCAAAAAAAAUUGAAGAUACAGCAGCUUGAGAAGGCAUUAUCAAAAAAGCUGGAGGAUUUUGAAGGUGAAAUAUCGAGCUAUCAAGAUGAAAUAGAGAUUGAAUUAGAAAACAGUAGACCAAAAGCAAAAGGCGUCUUUGCAAAUUUCACUAAAGAUGAUUCUAUAGAAGAUAAUACCUCUAGCAUAUUUGGAGAGGAGGAGGCAGAAGAUGAGGAACUGGAAGCAGCUGCUAAUCACUUAAACAAGGACUUUUAUAAUGAACUUCAUGAGAAGGAUAGAGGGAAAAAAAAUGAAGAUGAGGAAUACAAAAAUGGAAAGGAAGCUCUUGUAAGACCACCCGCAUUGGAAUCCUUGCUUGGCCCACUCCCCACUGCAGCUAGUCUUGGCAUAACAGAGUCCAUAAAAGAGUGCAUAUCCACUAAGGACCGAGAGCCUGAGAACACAGGGGAUGGUGAAUUAGAUCUGAGUGGGAUUGACGACAGUGAGAUAGAUCGGUAUAUACUUAACGAAACAGAAGCUCAGAUAAAAGCAGAGCUGUGGAUGAAAGAAAAUGCAGAUUAUUUGAAGGAACAGAAAGAAAAGGAAGCAAGAAUAGCAAAAGAGAAAGAACUUGGGAUUUAUAAGGAACACAAGCCAAAGAAAUCUGCAAAGAAGCGGGAGCCAAUUCAAGCCAGCACAGCAGGAGAGGCAAUUGAAAAGAUGUUAGAACAGAAGAAAAUCUCAAGUAAAAUUAAUUAUAAUGUGCUAAGGGACCUGAACAGCAAAGGAAGUAACACACCAAAGAAAGAGGAUGACAGCACUGAUGACAGCACCAACACCAAGAAGCUGUCAAGAAGAAAAUCUAUUGCCAGUAGGAAUAUAGCCAACCCUGUAAACAGUGUGGGAAAAAGGUUAAGACCCUUGAUUUCAACACAGCUUGCUAAGAAGGCUCACACUGAAGAGAUGACCUUUCCCAGUGCACAAGCAGAAGCCCCUGACUUAGAAAAACCAGCAGCUGUGCUAGUGGAAAGUGGCCCAGUAGCUUACAACCCUGAGGAAGAGGUAGAAGAGGAAGAAAUAGAAGAAGAUGAUGAUCACUGCAUGAGUGCCUUGCAGUUAAUGGGAGGGAACGAUUAUGGCUGCGAUAUGGAUGAUGAUGAUGGCUAUUAGUUCCAUUUACUUCCAAAGGACAGGGACUGUGUCUUGUUCCCAGCAAUCUUUGGUCUUCAAACUGUAUGAAUAGUGAAAGAAGCUGUCUAUGGUCAGCAAGUGUAAUCAAGCAAUCUUUACUUUUGCAAACCUAAUUUUAGUUUGGCUUUUACUCUGGUCAGUUUACAUUGACCCAUAACCCAGCAAUAAAGUUUGGGUUUGUACUUGAAUAUAUUUUUUUUUCGGUGGAUCAUAGUUUGAGGAUGAAAUUAACGAGAGUAAUGUCUCCAGAGAACAAAAGAAAAGAGACAAAAUAGAUUGUGUAUAAAGCAUGUGUGGCUGAAAGCAGCACAUCUCUUAUUUAUGUGACUCUGCUCUUAGGCCUGCUGUUGAAAGGGAGCAGACUGAAGGACAGAUAGGAGGACAGGUAAAAAAUGAGAAGUGUGCCUGUUGGUUAUUUGAGUACAGUAGCAUUUAUUGUCUCAUAAUGCUACAAGCAAAAGAAAGGAAACAUUUCUAACCUGUAUUGUAAACAUGACUCUGCUGUUGUAUACGAGCUCAUUACCUAAGCCUAUCAAAAAGUAAUGACAGGUUGUAUAUUUGCAGGGCAGUAUUGGUUUCUCUGAAAUGAAGUAAAUACUCCUUUAUAUUAAUCGAUUCCUAGAUUUCUUAAAAGAUGUGACAAUAGAAGGCAGUGUUGGCAGCGAAGCAUCAUCUUCCACUGUGAGUCUGGUGUGGUUUAUGUGGAAGGAGGGGGAAGGCCUGGGUGAGGCAAGGAGCGCGGAGAGCUGGCAGGUGACAGUGCUGUGCGCACGCGCCUGUGCUGGGCAUCCCUAGGGACAGCCAGGUCCUGCUGCGCCUGCUGUUGCUGCAGGAGUCACUCUGGCUGUCUUUAUGGCGCUGCUCUUGUCCAGCCGAGCUAGGGUGAAGGUCUGCUCCCAAGAGCUGCCUGUCUCUCAAACCAGUUGAAAGAAAGAGAAAGCUGAGCUUUUUAAUAAAUAAACUAGCAUCUGCUUUGGCUGAAUUUAAUUUAAUGUAAUUUAUUUAACUUUCUAUGGGUAAAUUAAAGGUCACCAUGCAGCAGUCUGGCUUUCACGGCUCAAAUCCCACCCGUGAACAGUUGCUGCAAUGUGGAUGAUGCUGAAGCUCCAGCCCUGGGUGCCGCAAAAUGUCAACAGGUGGGUCCUUCUCUUCCAGAUACAUCGGCUCUUGCAAGGAGAGUGGGGGUCAGGGAAGGAGCCCCUAUUGCCCGAUCCCGCCCUGUUGCCUCUGACCUGCCUCUCCCUGGCACUGCUGGGGCCAGGGCUCUCGGCUCUGGGAAAUGCACUGCCCGCUGGGUCACACUCUUGAUGAGUGCAGCUGCGGGACCCAAGCUGUUUUCAUCUCUCUCCCUCGUCUAGUGAUAGUCAUGAAAACUGUAGCGCUGCAGGCUUGUCUUACACCAGGGCAGGAUGGAUCCCUGCCUUACCAGCGUGGUUUCUGUUAAGCUGUCUCUCCUGGUCAGCUCGUCCUUCCCACCCUCUUUGAGGAGCGCUCAUCGCUAACGCACCAUCCAUACUCCUGCUGCGGAGGGUGGAGCGUGGCAGAAGCUUUAGGAAGCUCCCUAGCUCCUGCCAGCCAGGGUGACAAUGAUGCCAAUACCUGUGGUUGUCACCAAAGAGGGGAAGGGCCAUGUGGCCUUCCAUACUUCUGUCCCUCUCAGUAGCAUGCAUAAGAGGGAUCAUGUAUGUAGAGCAAGAGGGAGUGCUUUUUUUUAGAGCAGCCUUGAUAUUAUUUGGCUGAUAAAUGUAGUCUGUUGGGUAUUUUUGAGCCCUGUGUAGGCAUAUUUCUGCAAUGACUUCUUAAAAGCAGAACUUGGUAACAAAAAUGGUGUAGUGAGGCUAAUGGGAAGAAGACCUCUUCUGAACCAGUUUCCAGUUACUUAGUUUGCAGCACUUCAGUGGAGAGAAGAGAUUCCAUAUAAUUCUUAGGGAAAAAGCUGGCAUUUUCACCAAAAAACUGUAGAUUUUUUUCUGAUACUUCAUAAAUACUGCACAGAAAAAUGAUAUUGAGGAGAUAAACCUUUCUACCUCUCUUUUAUCUACACCAUAAUUAAAAAUCAUACUAUAAGUAGACAGCUUUUUAAAAAGUAGUUUGUUUUAUCAGAGUUCAUGCUCUGCAAGUCUUUGAGACAGUUGAGUUUGAUCAUUUGGGUUCAAAUUAGCCAAUAGCGCUACUACAAAUACCCAUACUCACAGUGUAUUCUCAAAACUCGGGUUUUAUUCCAAGGUACACAUUAUUCUCUAUGCAGGAGAAAAACAUGCAUAAAUAAACACGCAUAUGACGCAUGUAGGUCGAGUGCUUUUCUCAAAUGCAAGAUGUUGGCUCUUAAAGAAACCGCUAAAAUGAAUUCUUUAUUAUCAAGGGUCUUUCCUCCCGUCUUGGUUUGUUCCCCCAAAGCUUACUAAACCUUGCUGCCAAUGUAGUAGUGAUGUUAUGUGCGGGAGCUGAGUCUGCCCAGAUAACUGCUGCUAGUAAAUUUGGAUUUCAAUAGCACAUUGCAUUUCUGAGAACAUCAUUUCCUGCACUGGAAGCAGGACUGCAGUUUUUGAAUGCUUUUGUAUGAUUUGAUUAGGAAAGGCUAUCUCGUAGUCUGCGAGAAGGGCAUUUGGAGAGCAGAAGAAAAAAAAAGAUCUACAAUUCCAUAGCAUCUCAGUAUUUCUGGUGAAGUUAAUGGCAUGGUUUCCAUACAGGAAUCCUAAAGGAAAAGCGAUGGUAUUGGAUAGGCAGACUUCACUCUGAGCAUUGUAAGGCUUCUUAAGGUAUAGUGAUUAUGUACAUUUUUAAUUUAUUGGUGACUUACUGGGAUUUUUAUAAUGUUCAUUCCUUCUUGAUUUAACUGAGCUCAGGAAAUAUAAACAGAUUAGAACAUGCUAGUUUCUGUUUUUAUAGCCAGUCAUUAAAAUGUAAAAAGAUUAACACUGCAUUAACUCUGUUUACUACUGUUGAUGUAUCUGGACAAUUUUGUUGUAUAUAAGUAAGCCUAAAUUCACUUGGAGUAAUUUGGACCCUGCUUUUCUCAGGAUUCUGAUUAUAAUGAAGAGAGCUUAUAAGGCUUCAACAUUUGUUGUUCUUAGAUCUUAUUUGAACCCACACAAGCUAUAUAUCAUCGGUUUUGUUGCAUAAAGUAUGUCUCUUGCUGCAAGUCACUUUGCUUGACAGGCAAAACCCUCCAGCUGUUGUAUCCAGCUUGUCUGCCAUGCAGCCUUUUAACACUCUUGUACUGUGGAGUAAAAAAUGAAAGAAAUAAGGAAAAUAAUGAGAUUCUUCACUGUGGUGAGUGCUUUUUCAGUGUCUUAAUCAUCUGUGACAUUUCUUUAAAAUCUCUGUGUUCAGUACAGCAACUUUUAGAUGGUGCCAGACAGCCUUGUCUUGAGGGUUAAACACGAUUGUCGAAAAAGUUCUUGCCAUCCUGAUGGUUUGUUUGUAUUCUUUGGAUUGCAUUGAAACUCCAGUCACAGAUGUGUAUGGUUAAUGUGUAGUUUUGCCUAAUAAAUGUUCUGUUUCUUA